AUGUCGAGAAAAAAAGCAGUGACUUUGUCAAUGCAACAACGGCUACAGGUCCUUGAGGACUUGAAAACAUUAUCCAUUUCAACCGUUGCUGCAAAGUAUCAGGUACAUCAAAUAACCAUUCGUCACAUAAAGAAGAACACGGCCUAUAUUCUCGAAUUUGCUGCAAAAAGCAAAGGACACCUACAACGGCAAAGGUUAAGAAAACCGUUGUUCGAGGAAUUGGAGUACCGCUUGUUUACGUGGUUUGUACAAAGAAGAACUCUUGGGGAUUUUAUAUCCGAUAGUUUAAUGUUGGAAAAAGCUGCAGAUAUGAAACUGGAUAUUCCAUCUUGUUCCAAUGGUAAAAUUAGUACAUCGUGGCUUGCUAAAUUUAAAUCUCGACAUGACAUACGUUUAGUUAAAGCCUAUGGGGAAAAAGCAAGUAUAGACGAAGAUGGAGCAAAGGAAUUUGUUCAAAAUUUUUGGCAAUUAAUACAAGAAGAGGAUAUUAAUCUGCACCAUUUUUACAAUAUGGAUAAAAGUGGUCUUCUCUGGAAAGCGUUUCCAACAAAAACGCUUUCUUGCGAUAAAAAUGUUGUAAAUGGAUAUAAAAGUCGCAAAGACCGAUUUACAUUAGGAUUCUGCGCUAACGCGACUGGAACAAAUAAAAUGAUACCUUUAAUUGUGUAUAAGUACCAUAGUCCAAGAGCAUUGAAGCAUGUAUUACACAGGCUUCCUGUAAUCUUUAAAGCCCAAAAAAAUGCGUGGGUUGACAAACAAAUAUUUGUAAGUUGGUUUGAAAGCCAUUUCGAACCAUCGGUGCGCGUACAUCAAUUGAAAAAUGGCACCGUUGGGAAAGUAAUUUUAUUACUGGACAAUUGCGCUGCGCAUAGAGUGCCCGAAGAUCUAAAACACCAGGAAGAUUUUAAAAUAAUAUAUCUACCGCCAAACACGACGUCGAUCCUACAACCCAUGGACCAGGGCAUAAUUGCAAAAACGAAAAAACUAUACAGGAAGCAUAUGCUUCAAACAGUGUUGACGUAUGCAGGAGAAAUAUUAAUACAAGCGUGGUCCGAGGUAACUGUGGAAAAUUUAAAAAAUGGCUGGAAUAGACUAAUUGCGGAGCCUUCAAUUGCCACAUAUCCGGAAGAAGAGGAACAGUUAGAAGAAUUAAUUUCAGCAAUAAGCGAAGGAGAAAUUUCACCUGCAGUAGCGACAGCAUUCCUAUCUGCAUGUUCACAAGAAGAAGAAAGUGAAGAAAAUGAAGAUGCGUGUGAAAGAUUCGUCGCCGAGAAUUCAGAAUUACCUUCUGUACCGACUCCAUGUGGUCCGGAACCACUUCGCCAAAUGGCUCCGGAGGUACCUUUAGCCGGCGUGUAUUUCUCCCCGCGCUUGCGAGAUGGCACCAACCACCCCGUUUUCCGUACAGGAGAGUUUCAUAGUACUACCAGCACCGUGUGA